GACAUUUCGUGUAAUUUUAAAAAGAAUGGUCGACAUAGUACCUUUUUGAAGCAAAAAACUCUGUGAGUACAAAAGUUUUCCAUUCAGGAUUUGAAAAUAUCAGUUUUUCGCUUAAAGUUCAUCAAUAAAUUACAAGUUUACAGUGACAGUGCGUGUAAAUACAAAUAAGUCGCAUAUUUUAAAGUUUCGAACUGGUCCUGUGAUGGAUGAUACGAACGUAGUUUUGUGAAUAUUUGAAAAAUACUUUAAGUGCAAAAAUUUAAGGAUACGACAAGAAUAAAUGAUGACUCUAACUAUUUAUUAGCCAGAUGACGUUUCUUCUAAGUUCGUUGGUUAAAUUUUGAGUUUCUGCGAAAGCACAGACGUUUUAAUUUCAUACGAGCAAAUUGUUCCAACAAGCGUAAUGCAGUUAAUUGGCUGUAAUAACAAUGACCAAUCACCAUUAACAUGGAUCCAACAUACAUCUAUUGGAACCGUGCAUAUGACCCAUUCAAUCAUAAUCGACAUCCGGCAACAAACGAACGAGCUAUCCAGCCGAAACAAUCGCGACUAUUGAACAACAAAAAUCAUCGUUUUAACUAUAAUGCUAACGAAGCAAUUGGAUCGAAUCAAUCGCAAGAUAAAUCAAAACACAAAAUCGACUCAACCAGUACACAUAAUCAACAGCAUAGGGAUCGACAAAUUGACAAUCAUUUAUCGGUCACUUACGAACGAUUGGAAUACUCUUGGCUAGAAUCAGCACUUCCAAUAACCAUAUUGAGCUUUUCCAUUCUCAUUGUUCUAUUGCUCAUUGCAUGGCUGAUCAUUUGGACGAAGCAACGAUUUUUCAAAUCGAACCCAAGCAAUAAAACAAUUCAACAACAAAUCGAUCGAUAUCGAAUCGAAGCUAGAGACGAUCAAAUUAGAAUGAUUGAUGAUGACAUCGACAUACCAGCUGGUGUUUACAAUCAAAACGCUGGCUCAUCAUCGAAAAAUCCAAUGGAUGGUUUUAGUGAUAAUGAAAAAUGUUCAACGCCAAUAUCACCGACUGCGUCACAGCCAACAUUUCAUUAUCCGCAACGGCAAACGCAAUCACCAAUGACUACGAAUACAACGGCUUUUCUUCAUGAUACCGCAAAUAAUCCGAUAAUGGACAAUACUACCAUUACGACUUCAGUUCCUAUUCACGUGUCUAUAUCAGUACCUGCAUCUACAAUUAUUUCGCAACCAAUCAACUAUACUCCAACAUCAUCAAAUUCAUCACCCAAACUUAGCGAAGAUCAAUCUCCACCUGGCUACCGUACAACAACCAUUGUAACAAAACCGCGAGCUCGAAAAGUUCACCAAAAAGACGUUUGUACACCACCACCCCCACCUCCACAACCGAUGGACGUUCGUAAAUUUUCUUUCGUUCAAACGCAUCAAUCUCACGAUAACACUCAUCAAUCAAUAUCCGUAACGGAUUCUCAUGCAUCGACACCACAUCAAUCUAAUGAGUGGACGGUGAAUGAUUCACCGACUCCGUCGCAGGGAACAGAACAAUUGUUUUACUAUCAUUCGUCACUAGAACAAAUGUCACCGUCAACAACGGUCUCAUCAAAUAAUGCUCCGGUUCAUGGAUAUCGAUACAAACCGAACUACAGUCCGAAAAUAUUGUCUGACGAUAAAGAGAACGCCAUUCCAAUGACAGGCGGUACAGGUACGAUUGGCGUUACAAGUGCCACGUCGCACAGCGCAGCUAGUUCGCCAAAAAUACAACGGUGUGGUGAGCUAGCAUUGGCUCAACAAAAUUCUCCUCGAAUCAUCGAUUCGUCUGCAUCGUCCACAAACAGCCGCUUUACAUUUUCACCCAGAUUAUUGCAACAACACAGUGGCGAUAUAAUAACAGCAACUUCUGGCAUUAGUCCAUUGAUGACAUCAGCUGGGUAUAAACAUGGAAAUUAUUUUCGUUUUCCGGACGUCGAUGUUUUCACGCCGAAUUACAAACCGAUGACCCCAACAACUGUAGUUGAGGACAAAAUUGGCAUUGAAAUAAUCACCACGACCGAUGACACUGAUGGGAUCAAUGACGAUAUGUACUGUGUAGAAGAAGAUGAAGAUGACGGGUUGUUAUUGCUGGGCAAUAUGCGACUGAACAAUGGUAGCAGUAGAAAUUUGGCUGCAUCAUCAACGGGAUCAACAAACAAAACACAGGCCACAAGACGUGCCAGACUGAAAUCAAUUUCGUUAGACUCUGACGGCGCAAAAUUGGUUGAAGAAAAUCUUGGAAUUCCUGUUGAGGAAUUGGUAGAAAUUGCCGCCAUAAAUUCAGAAGAUUUUGACAAAACUAUCGAGGACAAUACGGCAGCAGAAGAAGAAUUUCAUAAUAAUUGUGCAACGGAAGAUGGGACAACGGACAGCAGAGACGAACCAAAAACAUAUUUGACCGACGCUGACACUCCUAAAAAAUGCCAUUCGAAAAACAAAAACAAUUUAUCUAUCAACUUAAGCAUACGGGAUGACUCGCUUGGAGACGAUGCAAGUGAUUACGACUACAAGUGCAAUAAAAUACCGACCACACCGAAAACUCCCACUUUUACGCAGCACAGACAAAAAGCUAUUUCGUUAGACUCCGACCCUACAAUGAGCUCCUUUGAGUCACCAUGGAAAGGACAACAACCGCUUUACACGGCAACUAGUCACAUUAAUAUUUCGUCGGUAUCGGUGCCAAGUACACCUAAACGACAACCUGUUCGGGAUCAUAUGCAGUCGGAUCAGGAUGCAGAAACUCAGCACAACGAUUGCAACAAUUGCUGUUACACAACCGCACCAAUGAGUACGUCAAAUCCGUCAUCGACCAGCUUCAUGACGAAGCAUCAGCAAAAGUUCAAGCAUUCAAAAGGCUCUUUGUUUGCGGCCAUGCGACAAGACGAAAACAAAAAUCGUUCAUCGUUCGGCGCUAGAAGUAAGCUAUUGGGCAGUUUUCACGAAAAAACCGACUUCGGAAAGCAAUCUUCUAACGAACGUCCAGCCGGUAUGUACUUAGGCGAGAUGAAAACUUCGCAGUCCGGAGACUAUUUAGGAUCAAAUUUGCAAACCAUCAAAACUGCGACACUCAGUGUGUCAAACAACAAUUUGAAAACAUUGCCCGAAGUAAUGACUUUGAGUGACUUUGGCACGACCAAUAAAAUGUCGACAAGUUGUUCAACUACUCCAGGUAGUAUAGCCAGUGGUGUCGUUGGAAAAUCGCGUAACAGCAUAAUUCAACGACGAGGAUCGAAUCAUAGUUUGACAUUGAAUGCCGAACAGGGACUGAGUGUUUCGAAUUACAGCCUCGGAAAUUUACAAGGCUCAAAUUGCAAUCUAUCUGGGACCAGUUGUGGAGCUUUCAGUUUCGAUACGAACAGUUCAAUUAGUGCAAUUCGAAACAAAAAGAAUUUACUGCAGCGUCGUGGAUCCAAUACAAGUCUGACGUUGAACAUUCAAGGAUCAUCGAAUUCGUUGAAUCGUUUCAACAGCCACAGUUCACUAAAUAUAUCGCAAGACGGUGGUGUUGGGCGACAAAAGAAAGGGCUGCUAGAACGUCGAAAUUCGAAUGCAAGUCUGACGUUAAACAUACAGAACAGAGGUUUAAGCAUAUCGAACUGUAACCUGCGAGGCUCGGAAUGUAGUUUGAGCAGCAUAAAUGUCGGUAACACCGAAUCGUUUGAUCAACCGGAAGUUCGAGACGAUCCAGUCAACUCACAAAUACGGCAUCAAAGUGCUCAUCACCAUUCCCAUCACCGAAGGAAGUUUUUAAGUUCAGAAAAUCUUCACAAUUUUUCGAUUUGCCUGAAACAAUGUGACAGCGAGUCGAAUAUACAUCAUGGAUCAGUCAGUGAUUUGAAACAUACAUCACCACGUCACACUCACAUCACGGUCGAUGCAAGCGAAUUUAUUGGCAAAGGGGAUGGUGAAAGUGCAGAGUUGGGAAGUGAUCGGCUCAAUGUGGGUGGAAAUGUUCGGGAGUGUUACUGUGACUGCGCGGUGCGAAAUAUUUCGACGAAGCCGCUCAGUCCGCAAACAACAUCGGAAGAUUUUAAAAUUUAUUUGGCCAACAUACAAAUGCUACAGUCAGCCUCCAAUGUAUUAUCUGAUCAGCAAUUACGCAAUCUGAAUGUUGUCUUCGAGCACAGUUACAAUAAAGGACAGUCAACGAUGAUGAGUGAUGACAAGAUGACCAAAUCGUGUGACAAUUCAAUAGGGCUAGCAACAUCCACCGAUGACUCACAAAAGCUACUUUUACGGAAUUUGCAUCAAGAAUUCUGGGACUUACCGACCAACUAUCAAGAGAAGCCGCUGGUUUUUGGAUCACAGACAAAAAAUCGCUACAAAACCAUUUUACCGAACGAGCACUCUAGAGUGAUUUUAUCAGCUGAACCGGGACUGCUGCAAGAACCGUAUAUCAAUGCCAAUUUCAUUAAGGGUCCUGAUUACGUGAGCAACUCAUACAUUGCAACGCAGGGUCCACUCACCAACACCAUAUACGAAUAUUGGCUUAUGAUCUAUCAGAACGUGAAAAAGGCAGCCAUUCCACCGACGGGAUAUCAAAAAAUCGCGAUGCUAACCGAUUUCGUGGAAAAUAGUCGACAGAAAUGUGCCAUCUACUUCCCAACGAAUACCGACGAAACAAUGACAUUUGUGAAUCCCGCCAAUCCAAUGGACGAAAUCGACUUAAUCGACGAUGUAACAGUGGACCGUUUAUUUGAUUGCAUUCAAAAUCCGAAUCAACAUGUGGACCCCGCCGAUACCGAUUCGUCGUCAUUAUUUCUACCAAAUCUUCCAAAUAAUUGCAAUUAUUUUCUAGUUAAAACGGUUGAAAUUAUCGUCAAAAAUGGUUAUACAAUACGCACAUUGUGUGUCCUGUAUCUGAACAGUAGCCAGUGGUGCACAGAGUCUGUAUCUCAGCGUGGCCAAAUGAACUAUUUAGCAAAUCAUUCGUUCUACUGUCAUCAUUACUGGUUUCCCGACUGGCCGGAUCAUCGGUCACCAGAUGACAUUGAUGUAUUGUUGGACAUGAGUUUGCAUUUGUUGGACGAUACCGAUGAAUGGAACAGUGCCGAAACGACGAAUGCUACGGAUGUCAUAAUACCGUUACCGGUGAUUCAUUGUUCAGCUGGAAUUGGCCGAACCGGAUGUUUUGCAGCUAUUUUGAAUGGUUUACGACAAAUGCGAACGUCAGUGCUGCAAAGUGCUUCGAAUUCAACGGGUACCGCUGGUGGCCAGUUAUCGGUGGAUAUUUUAGGAAUUGUAUGUAAUUUGCGGCUGCAAAGAGGUGGCAUGGUACAGAAUUCAGAGCAAUAUGAGUUAAUUCACAGAGCUUUGUGUUUGUAUCAGAAGCGAUUGAACUGUACGACCAAUGAUUUGUAAUAAAGAGAGGGGUAAGUGACCCGAUAUUUUAUAUAUUUAAAAAGGUUUUGCUACAAAAAAAAAGAAGAAAAUUAUUAAGAAAAUGUUGAAGACUGUCAGAUAUUAUUGAAAAUGAUGAAAUAGGAAAACAAAAACAAACAAAAAACAUGAUACAAUAAUCGAUAUAAAUGUUACAUAUUUUAGUAAUAAAAGAAACACAUACACCAAACCCAAUCAAUCAAUGAUUCGUCAUUUUUUAGUAAAUAUUAAUCGACGAAUAGAAUGUUUAGAAAAACAAAAACAAA